GAUAAGGAGGAUGUGGACUCUGUAGUCCAGGUGGUGUUGAUGUAUCUGGAUGCACUGGGUGGUUUGAACCAGAUCAGCAGAACAACAUAGCUCCUCUCAUACUUACAAGACUGUUGCUGCUGUGAGCUCAAAGAACUCAUUCCCACACAUGAUGAGGCAAAAAGCAGGUGGAGGACUCCCCCUGCUCAGACAGAAGACACCCAACACUCCUGGAGAGACUUUAUCAGAGAUGAACAUCGCCCCGAUGGCUUUCAGUCUGAACCAGAGCAAUGCAGUGUGUCUCCCCCUGGUCUCUGACAGUCAGGGGCUUAUAUGGGUGCACUCAAAUGAGAUCAACCUCCAGCUGGACGGUGCAGCAGAGCUGGAAAAGGCCUUCGACCGGUUUCCAUACCUGACAGAGAAACAGACGGCUGCACUGGCGCAGCGCUGCUUCCUGCACCCAGACCAGGUGAAGGUGUGGUUCAUGGUGCAGAGGCUCCGCUAUGGCAUCAGCUGGGACUUCAAAGACAUCCCCAAGGUUCGGACGAUUUUCAAGGCAAGACGGGGAAAGGAAAAGCUGCAAAACGAAAAGGGGGAAGAGGUAAAAGAGGAUAGAGGAGAGAAAUGCAAAAGAGAGGUAGAAGACGCUGGUGGGAAGGAGGCAGGAGGGGUUAGGGAGAAACAGAAGGCAAGUGAGGGAGAAAAUGUGAGGACUAAUGAGCGAUUGGCGAGAAAAAUGAAGCAGGAGCAACCAAUGAAGAAAGAGAAGGACAAAGAAGUAGAAGAAGACACAGGGAAUACUCUGAAGAAGCGGAAAAGGAUGACAGUGACAGACAAGAUGGGAAAGAAGAGAAUAAGGCAAGGGGAGGAGGGUGUUGUGGAGACAGCAGAAGAAGUAGAAACAAGAAGUGAUGACGCUGAGAGGGGGUGUGAAAAAUCCACUCAGUCGGAGACGACACUUUUUACCAGAAAGAAAAUGAAGGCAAAAGCAGACAAAGGAUUACUGUCCGUCCAAGAGUGGCCUGUCCACGAGAGCUUCGUGGUGCCUGAUGAGCUGCUGGAUGCUCAGCUCAUCCCCCUGCUUCAAACUCAGGCCUUUGACGUGCCUCCUCUCACUGAUAACCAGACAGAACUGCUGAAAAGAGUGGACGCUUCCACCUCACAUACUCGUAUGACCCCUGUGAAAAGCAGCUUUAAGGGGGAAACAGAAAUGCAGACGCACGCAGAGUCAACCACAGACGUUGGCAAACUGGAGCUCAUGGACAUGAAUCUUGUUGCAGACAGUUCACUCACCGUCACCGCACACACGCACACACUCCCCCCUCGGGUCCGCUGGACGACAAAGACGCAGACUCAGCUGGAUAUGAUGAGGGCGGCUUUCUCGCACUCUCAGUAUCCAGACGGGGAGGACUACAACCGACUGGCGAGGGUGAUCAACGUCGCCCGCUACGAGUUGGUCCAGUGGUUCGGCGACAUGCGCUACUACAUCAAGAAGAAAGGAAAGCCAGGCUGGAUGAGUCAGGAGCAGCACAGCCGGGCACUGGCCAACGUCAGGUACCGGCAGUGGCUGAACACGCUGGUAAAGAUGCAGCCACUAGUGGCGGGCAGUAAGGGCGACGGAAAGGCAACCUGAAAGAUGAAGCUUGACUAUGGCGAGGAGGAAAGUGUGCCGCCGCCUCCAGAGUAGAAAUGGUACCACACUCUCUGUACAUAAUAUCCCUCUGAGGAGAAUUGGAAGCAGUGGAGUGACUUGUCGUGUUCGUGUUGGACGUUUUGAACAUUAAGACAGAUGUUUGAUAAAAUGUUUCCAAAUUAA